AUGGCCAUGCCAUCAGACAGGCGUGCUUCACCGGACCUCCAAUCUCACCAUCCACGCACAGAAGCAUUGCGCUGGUCCGGCCCGAGGCCGACGAGCUACGGCUUGAUUCCAGCUCUGCCUGGUGUGCCUUCCUUGCCGACGCACGAAAAUGAAAUAGGAUCUCUUACAUUUUCGGAAAUGGUAGAGGGCUGUAAGAUAUUCAUGUCCUCUUAUUAUCAACUUGGAUUCAUACCGAAGGCGUUGUUCUUGGAGCGUCUGAAGCAGCAACCAAAAUCAGAAGAAAUGUUUCUACUGUAUAGUAUGCUCAGCGUCUCUGCCAGGUUCACACCCAGCCUCGUGCGGCGCUUCAAAGGAGGCCUCAAAGCAACAGGGAUAUUUGCAGACAUUGCUGCUGUUUAUGGCCUGCAUGCUCUUCACGAUCCUUCCGUCGAGCAUACGCAAGCAUUUUUCCUCCUAGGACUUGCGGAAUGGGGAAGUGGAAAUAGGAACCGCGGCUCAGUGCACAUGGGAAUUGCUGUAAGAAUGGCCGCAAUCCUGCAUUUGCAUCGGGAGGACUCAUAUACCCUGGCGCCUGGCCAUUCCGCCGCAGAUGUGAUAAAUGCAGAGGUGGCCAGACGCACAUUCUGGACUCUACAGGGUCAAGAAGUUCUUCAUUCGGCGAACGACGUGCCUGCCUCUUUCUGUCUCCAUGACAUUACGGCCUUGCUGCCGUGUGAUGAAAGUGAAUUUGCUUUUGGCGAGGUACGUAACAAAAGGCUAGCUCUGAGGGGAACACAACCUGCUAUUGAAGACCCGACUUUGUGCAAUCUACCCUCACGUUCAAUCUACGCCGGUCUCAUACAGGUACAAAAUCUGUGGGGACGUGUCGCACGUCACCCUCAUAAUGGUGAAGGAAAACCUAUCGACAAACCCUGGCGACCCACCAGCUAUUACUCACAAAUGUGUGAAGAACUCAAUUCGUGGGGAGGGCAGUUAAAUCCCAGGCAUACAUGGUCAAUCUGGAAUUUCCGCGGCUUCAAAACCGAAGGGUUGCACCUGGGAUAUUUAUCCAUGGUGAUGACCUACAGUUUGUGCAAGGUCGUCCUUCGCCGAAGAUAUCUAAAAUGGAUCAUGGAAUAUGUUCUACCUAGUCCAGACAGCCAGAACCUUGAGCACCGCAAAUAUUGGGAAACCAUGUCUCACGAGUUGUUCCACGAGGUGGUGACACUUUACGAGCAAAUCGAUGCCUUCAUGUCCCAAAGGUCACCGGAUGAAGGGUUUCCAACUGAAAUUGUAUUUUUCGUCUACAUCUGUGGCUCGCUCUCUUGCUACUUGUCAAAGUGGCCUAGGUUAUGUCCGGAGCUCGGUGGCCAUGCGGAUACGAUGUUGAAUCGGUCCUUGGAAGUUUUGAAGCAACUUCACUAUGACUGGCCCAUGGCAGAGCGUUGGAGAGUCGCUCUACAGAACAUGACAUCGUCACCGUCCAACAGAUUUCCCCUGUCGCCAGAGGCGAGAACGACGUGGGAGCAGACCCAACUUGUGAACCCGGCUAGUCCACUGGAUGGCCCAUGUUCAAGAGAGCCGUCAGAUCAGGAUGCUCCAGAUCUUGCAGCACCCAUCGCGCCCCCGACAUCGAUGUCCAUAAUCAACCAACAACAGGCCACAGAAAGUGGUCAUGUCCAAGACCCUCCUCAACUUGGAUAUGGCCACCUGCCAACCACGAACACAAGCUUCUAUCAAUGUGACGAUUUUGAUCCCGACCUUUGGAUGGUCUUUGCAGACGAAGAUUCUCAUUUCAAUGUGAUGGAGGCGUAUCCGGCAUACGAUAUUUGAG